UCUCCCUGCAAAGCGCGGCAGGGAUUGGUCGCGGGGCGGCGGCCUGCAGGUGCGGCAGUAUGGCGGACGGCGGGACCUGGAGGCCGCCGCGGUCGUGCGAGGACUACUGGUGGGAGUGGAAGCACUGCCGCGGGCUGCGGCACGCCUUCCACCAUUACUACGCGCACGGAGAGCUCCCGACCUGCGACCGCUGGCGGGAGGACUACGAGGCCUGCCGCGCCUGGGAGAAGGGCCGCGCCGCCGCCGCGCAGGAAGCUUUGUGCAAGAGUGAAAGAGCUCGAGUCAUGGAAAACAAGAAGUAUGCUCCAGUGUGGAGACUCAGGAAGAGCCCACCCCCUGACUGGUACCUUCCACUUGACCAAGACAAACCAAACUAGGGAGACUGCUUUGCUGUGUUUGGUCAGUAAUGCAAUACACAAUGCACAACUA